AGUGAAGCCGACGAGUGUCCGCCAGGCGUUCAAUCGUUAAUAACGUCAAACACUGACAGCACUGACAAUAGGGUCCCCGCCGUCGGACUCAGCAGUCAUUUAACACAAAACGAGUGAAACAUUAAAUCAUAAAUUGGUUUCAAUUCAUGUAUUUAUGUUUGAAAUCAAUUGAAACCGCAUUUCAUUCGCCAAACAAAACAAUCAUUGAAUCAAUUGUAUUGACAACAAAGCAAUUAGUAAUCACUUAAUCGUAAUCAUAAUCAUUGCAUCGCAAGUAAAACGACCGAAACGUUUCACUCGUAUCACAGAAAACACUCCCUUAUAAUUGAGAGGACUGGCGGUGUCGACGACAGUAUUGGCCUCUGAAGACAUGUCGUCGUCAGAAGAGGUUUCAUGGAUUUCGUGGUUUUGCGGUCUUCGAGGCAAUGAGUACUUCUGCGAAGUGGACGAAGACUACAUCCACGACAAGUUCAAUCUGACGGGACUCUCGGAAUCGGUGCCACACUAUCGCCAGGCGCUCGACAUGAUCCUCGACCUCGAGCCCGACGACGAGCUCGAAGAGAACCCCAAUCAGAGCGACCUCAUAGAACAGGCGGCGGAGAUGUUAUACGGGCUAAUCCACGCGCGAUUCAUUCUGACCAAUCGCGGCAUCGCUCAGAUGAUCGACAAGUACCAGAACGGAGACUUCGGGUACUGUCCGCGCGUGUACUGCGAGAACCAGACAAUGUUGCCGAUCGGUCUGUCGGAUCUGCCCGGCGAGGCUAUGGUGAAGCUAUACUGUCCUAAAUGUAUGGAUAUAUAUAACCCGAAGAGUUCGCGCCAUCACCACACGGACGGCGCCUACUUUGGCAGCGGUUUCCCGCAUAUGCUGUUUAUGGUACACCCGGAGUAUCGGCCCAAACGACCGAUAAACCAGUUUUUCCCGCGUCUGUACGGCUUUAAGAUCCACCCCUUGGCGUAUCAGCUCCAGCAACAGGCGGCCAACAGCUUUAAGACGCCCGUCCGGCCCAUGGGUUACAAUGGGGGCAAACGUUAACCACAACCGCGCGGUGUCCCCCAUAGUAGCGAUUAAACAACACAUCAAAUAUUUAAUUAAACGAUUGAUUGAUUUUUGCGAUUGAAUUGCUAUUUGAGUUAUAUUUAUAAGUUAAGAGACGAGAAGACAUUUCCAUUCAAAUGUAAUGUUUAUUUUAUUAGCGAAAAA